AAAUAAACAUGUGAGAGAGGGGAGGUGGGUUGAAAAACAGCAGCGCCCUGGGAGCGAAAUAGCCCCUAAGAAGUUGCAAACCUCUUUGGUGGAGGGAAGAAUCAGACCUUAAGGUGGUCCUGGUGGAGGCAAGCUAAGCCUUUAGAAUAUGGCUAACAGGGCUCCAUGAAGGAGAUCCCUGGACAGAGGUUCACAACCAGUAAGGAUUUUGAUUUCAAAGAGCCAGUGGGAAGGGAUUCCUUCGCCUGGACGGCCUGUUCCAUGCUCAUCUCCCAUCAGCACAGCAAAACAGACGCACCAGGCUCUGCCGGCCAGAGAGAUUUUGUGGAGUAGGAGGCAUCGUGAUUCUGCUUCCAAGCGGUGGGGCUUGAACACAGGGACCUGUCUUUGCACCUUUGGGAGUAUGUCAACAUUGCUGCAAGCUGCAGAUGGGGCCACCGAUGGGAUACCACCGAGAGCUCUGGCAGGGACACCCAGCACAGAGAGUGGAGGAGAGAAUGGUGAGGUUUCUCAGUGCAAAUCUUCAGAUUCCAGUGGCGAGGAGGAGGCCAACGUGGGGAAGAAGAAGCCACGUAGGCAGAGGACUCAUUUCACCAGCCAGCAGCUCCAGGAGCUGGAGGCCACUUUUCAGCGGAAUCGCUACCCAGACAUGACCACCAGGGAGGAGAUUGCAGGCUGGACCAAUCUGACGGAGCCCAGGAUUAGGGUUUGGUUUAAGAAUCGCAGAGCCAAGUGGCGGAAAAAGGAGCGUCAUCAGCAGACAGAGCUCUGUAAAGGGGCGUUCAGCUCCCAGCUCAACGUCUUGACAAGGAACCCGUAUGAGGACCUUUACCCGACCUACGCCUACAGUACCUGGGCUCCCAAGGGGCUGCAUGCCAACCCCAUCCAUAGCAAAGGGUUCCAGCUCUUCAACUCCGUGAACAUCAAUUCCUUUCCACCCCAAGGUGUGUUCCCAGCAGCUUCAGCAGCCUCCACAUCUGGUGUCCCAUCUCUGGAAACCUUCAACAGCCUGGCAAGCCCUCCUGGGCCUCCCAGUUCACCGUAUGGACCGAGUGCCUCACAAUACUUGUACAGAGACCCCUGCAACUCAAGCCUGGCUGGUUUGAAACUCAGAGCAAAGCAGCCACAGGCCCCCCUCAACUAUGGAUCUCCUCAAAAUCCAGCCUUGGGCCCCAGCUCCAGCCACUACAAUUUGGACAGGCCAGUGUGAUGUUGGGGCCCAAAAGAAGGACUUGUGUUUCCUUAAAGCUCUUACUGGUAGUGGUUUCCGGGAAGGGUUUGCCUCCAUAGUUUCUCUGCAAGGGGUGAAUAUAAUUCACCAGCCCUAGAAAGAUGAGCACGUCUGGCCUCUUCAAUCUGGAUAUUGCCAGAUAACCUUUUUUCAUAAGACUUUUCACACCUUUCAUGGAGACAGUGCCUUCUCUGAAACUCCUGAUCCUGAAGGCUACAAACUGCCAAUGUCAUUCUGAUUUAAUCUGAACCAAGUUGUGUCAGAUGCCCAAUGUGUUUUUAUUUCUUUAGUAGGGGGCCAGAGAAGGUGAAUGGCAGGACUUUGGUCAGGCAUAUAGUACUGUUAAAGGGGGGGGGAGUUCAUCUGUUUUGACCAAAAGUAGAACCCCAAAUGAGGAAUGGUGAGGGAACAGAGGAAAAGCAAAUCUGAGAAAGCCAGUAGGAUACUUGGGGUUGUGUUG